AUGACUAAUAAAAAUAUUGAUAAGAUAAAGAAGGUUGCUGAAAACUUGUUGGCGGCGAUAAUCAUGGUACUGACGAAAUUUCAUUUCGAGUUGUUUAGCUACGCUAGUCGUAGUUUCGGUGCCGAGGUCGUGCGGUCGUUUCGUCGGGGAACACAUUCGCUAUCUCGGAACAAUUCAAAAUUUCUGCGACAGAAUAUUCGGACAAUGUCGUCUUCAAGUAAUCCAAAUGCUGAUGCUGGAAGUGGCAAAGCCUUGACCAUCGACAACCUUAAUCCUAAUGUAAAAGCCCUGGAAUACGCUGUUCGUGGACCGCUCGUAAUUCGCGCCGGCGAAAUUGAAAAGGAAAUAGAGAAGGGCGCACAAAAACCUUUCAAAACUGUAGUCAGAGCUAACAUCGGAGAUGCGCACGCCAUGGCACAGCAGCCUAUAUCAUUCAUCAGACAGGUGCUGGCUUGCGUUACCUGCCCUUCGCUCAUCGAGACCAGCAGCUUCCCAGAAGACGUUAAGGCUAGAGCUAAGGAGAUUUUGUCCGCAUGUGGUGGUGGUUCGGUGGGCGCGUACACCGCCUCACACGGUAUUGAGAUGAUCCGUAGGAACGUCGCCGCGUACAUCGCGAAACGCGACGGACACCCCUCGCACUGGGAGAACGUGUGUCUUUGCGCGGGCGCAUCUACUGGCAUCAAAAAUGUUCUGCAACUUUUCUGCAAUGACAUCGAUGGCAAGAAGUCAGGUAUAAUGAUCCCGAUCCCGCAGUACCCGCUGUACUCGGCGUCGUUGGCUGAGUACGGCCUGGCGCCGGUGAGCUACUACCUGGACGAGGCGCGCGGCUGGGGCCUGAGCGCGGCCGAACUGCGCCGCAGCUACGCCGAGGCCGUCGAGCGCUGCAACGUGCGCGCCAUCGUCGUCAUCAACCCCGGCAACCCCACCGGACAGGUCUUGUCGCGCGAGAACAUCGAGUCGAUAGUGAAGUUCGCUCACGAGAAGAAACUGUUCAUAUUCGCCGACGAGGUGUACCAACACAACGUAUACGCCGAGGGUAGCCAGUUCUAUUCAUUCAAGAAGGUGAUUACUGAAAUGGGUCCCCCUUACAACAAGCUAGAGCUGGCCUCGUUCAUGUCUGCGUCGAAGGGCUACAUGGGCGAGUGUGGCAUAAGGGGCGGCUGGAUGGAGCUGAUGAACCUGGACCCUGGGGUGCAGGCCAACUUGUACAAGGCCAUGUCCGCUAUGCUGUGCCCCAGCGCCAUUGGACAAACCGUCAUGGACUGUGUCGCCCGCGAGCCGGCCCCCGGCGACCCCUCGUACGAGCUGUUCGCGAAGGAGAAGGCGCACGUGCUCGAGUCACUCGCUCUGCGCGCGCAAAUGAUCUACGAGACCUUCAACAGCAUGGAGGGCUUCUCCUGCAACGUCGUACAGGGUGCGAUGUACGCGUUCCCUCAGAUCAAGCUGCCGCCGCGAGCCGUGCAGGCGGCGCAGGAGCAGGACAUGAAGCCCGACGUGUUCUACGCAUUCCGCCUGCUCGAGGAGACCGGCAUCUGCAUAAUCCCAGGGUCAGGUUUCGGCCAGAAGCCAGGCACCUGGCACUUCAGGACCACCAUCCUCCCCCAGCCCGAGUUACUGAAGGAGAUGCUGCAAGUGUUCCAGAAGUUCCACGCCAAGUUCACCAAGGAGUACUCGUAA